UUGAAAUGCAUCAAGUGAAAAGUUAAUUUCCACAAACAUGGCGGCUCCCGUCAACAACAGCUCUGGCUGCUGGAGAGUCCCGGAGGUUUACAAACAUCACGAACAGCAGAGAGUGUGCAUUUCUCGACCAAAAUAUAGGGAAGGAAGAAAAGCCAAAGCAGUUAAGGUUUACACCAUAAAUUUAGAGAGUCGUUACCUGAUGGUCCAAGGGGUCCCAGCGAUUGGGGUUAUGACUGAGUUGAUUCAGCUGUGUGCCCUCUAUGGAGCUGUGGAGGAGUACAGGCCCCUGGACGAGUAUCCUGCCGAGGAGUUCACAGAGGUGUACCUCGUAAAGUUCCAAAAACUCACAAGUGCCAGAGCAGCAAAGCGACACAUGGAUGAGAAAAGUUUCUAUGGUGGUGUGCUGCAUGUGUGCUACGUCCCCGAAUACGAGACUGUGGAAGACACCAGGCUCAAGCUGCAGGACCGGAGGAGCUAUGUCAUCCGGGCUGCUCAGAAAAGAGUGAGAGAAAGGGAACAGAAAGAGGACACACAAGAGGAGCCUACUUCAUCGGAAACAACUACCACGUCAGACGACAACAUCCUCACACACAAACAGACCUCUGGAAAUGACAAUACAAGGGAGACUCCAAACAUCAGCCACUAUUUAGGCUUUCCUCUACUGCCAUUACCUCCCCAAGAACAUCAUUACCAUAGGCCUAAAAGUCAACAUUUACCAACAGAGGAUAAAAUGGGGACUUUGCACAAUACCUGUGCUGACACAUUAGAGCAGCGAGAAGGAAGUUCAAGGAGCAAACAGACCUUAUCGAGCAGACCGUCAGCACGUCAGGCUGCGGCAGUCAGAUUUCUUCCUCGGACCACACAUUUGGAGAAACGGAAACGCAAAAUGGAAGAGGCUGAGGAGGCCUCCAGUACUGUUUCUGGGCAGAACGAGCCUUUGAUUGGACCAAAACUACCAGAACCAUCCAAACUGGACAUGGAGGAUGAGUCACUGAACACAACUGUCAGCCUGAUCAGGAACACAAUGAAGCAGGUGACAUCGAGUCCAGACAUCAAACCAGUGGAGAAGAAGGUCAAACCACGCCGUCGGAUUUGAUAGAGCAGGAUUUAUUUUUUUUUCUUAAUUAAACAAAUUUUGCUUCACAGCACCGUUCCAUUGAGGUUAAUAUUAAAGAUGUUUUGGCUAGGUAUGUGAUUUGGUUAUUGUUCGAAUUGUUCCUGAAAUACGUGUCCCUCAAACAUCUCGAUUCUCUGAAAAGAAAAAAAAAAAAGAAAAGCAGACUGUAAGAUUGAGAAUUUUUGAUGGGGAAAUUUUAAAGAGCUUAACAAAUUCUCAUUACAGAUUACCCUGAAGUCAGGAAGGCAGGUUCCAAAAGCUUCCAGCAAUAGGUUCUCAUCUUUCACAGUCUUUUCAAAAUCUUCAAAAGACAAUUUGCCAUCAUGGUCAUAGUCCUGUGGGAGGAAGCACCAUUGGCAGAGCUGCUAAACUAUUUACAGACCUGAGAAUUUUUUAAAUAGUGUUUUGG